GGGGCUUCUGGGGGGGGGGCAGGGCCGCCAUGGGAGACCGCGGGCUGCUUUCGAGGGCCGAGGCGCUUCGGCUCGAGCCGCCCACGUGGUGUCACGCGUGUCACGCUCUGCUCUACGCGCCCUGCUCCGGGCGCCUCUUCGGUCGAGUCCCGCUGCGCUUCGUCCUCCUGAUGCAGCUGCGCUUCGACGGCCGCCUGGGUUUCCCUGGAGGCAUUGUAGACCUCCGUGACGGAUCGCUGGAGGCGGGGCUGCUGCGGGAACUGCGGGAGGAGCUAGGCCCGGGGGCGACUGGGCUGGAGGUGGGGCCAGAGGAGCACGCGGGGGCACGGCCCGGCUCCUCCCACGAGCCCCGGCCUGGCCAGCGCCUCGUGGCCCAUCUCUACGUCAAGCAGCUCCAGCCCGAGCAGCUGCGGGACAUCGAGGAGGGGGCAGCGCGAGCCCCGGAACAUGGCCUGGAGGUGCUGGGGCUGGUGCGGGUGCCGCUGCACACGCUGCGGGACGGGUCGGGCCUCCCCGAGUUCCUGCAGCAGCGCUUCGUGGGCUCUGCCCGGGACCAGCUCCUCGAUGCUCUGCACCGCCUGAACCUGGUGCCUGGCCAUGAGCUGGAGCGGGCACUAAGCCUGGCAAGACGGAGCCCUAACUCCCAGUGCCGCCAGGAGGGGGACCCAGGCGGCAGGGGAACCUGAGUGUUGAGGGGGAGGGAAACUAGGCAUCGGGGUCACGCGGGGGGCGGGGGGGUGGAGGGUAACUAGGUGUCCAAGGAACCCAGGAGUCCUGGGAGGGAUUGGGAACCCAGGCAUCCCGACUCCGGGUGUGGACCCACGUAGACAUCACAGUGUGGAUUUAAGGGCUGCCAUAUCUCAAGGAGGGUACCCCUUUCAAGGCACAGGGGUGUGUUGCAAUGGAUUGUGGUCAUCAAGGGGUUAAAUAAAGGUGUCUGCAAAGCUGGA